UUCUCCGAGUGAAAACACUGAUUAUAUAUAGUGAGAGACACAAUACUCCACUUCACUUCCUCAAACCUCUCUCUGUUUCGAGCUAGGCCUAUACAACUCUGUGGCAUCUCCAUCUGAGGUGUUAAGGACCAAUGGCCUUGGUUACAACUGCUGAAGUUUGUGAUGCAAAUCCACAGCUAAUUGUGAGUGGUGAGCUUCGGGCACUCCAGCCAAAUUUUCAAAUAUAUGGACGUCGCCAGGUCUUCUCUGGACCAAUAGUUACCCUCAAGGUAUUUGAAGACAAUGUUUUGGUUCGUGAGUUUCUUGAGGAGAAGGGUAAUGGCCGAGUUCUUGUUGUAGAUGGGGGGGGAAGUUUGCGGUGUGCAAUAUUGGGGGGCAAUCCUGUUGUACAAGCUCAGAAUAAUGGAUGGGCCGGGAUAGUUGUCAAUGGCUGUGUAAGGGAUGUUGAUGAGAUUAAUGGUUGUGACAUUGGGGUGAGGGCUCUGGCCUCCCAUCCAAUGAAAGCCAAUAAGAAAGGUAUAGGAGAGAAGCAUGUUCCAAUUACCAUUGCUGGGACAAGGAUCUCUGAUGGGGAAUGGCUUUAUGCAGACACUGAUGGAAUUUUGAUUUCCCAAACUGAGUUAUCUGUCUAAAAAGUAAUCUCUUUAAAAGAUAGUAAGUGCUGGAUUAUAUAUCUGUUAGGUAAGUUCUGUUGUAUCGCAUGCUUCUGUAAUUCUGUUCUUGAGUUCAUUUCUGUACUUCUGACAAAACUGUACUGUACCCAACCAACUUUAAAUUAUGUUGAUGUACUUGUCCAUUUUUAAUCUUCAGUGUCUUAAAUUUUCAUUUUCA